AUGUCUGCUUCCGAUGUGAAAACUGCUCCAAAAUCACAAGAAGAACAAGAACUUGAGUUCAAGGCCAAAUAUCCGCGUCUCGCACAAAAGGGUGCCAGCUCUAUGCUUCUUCAGAAGAGACUCAACCGUGGAGUCACGUUGCCUCUUGCCGUGGUUGAGAUUCAUUUCGCCUCCAUCUCUGGCGCGUGUUUCGGCUGUGUCGGCAACACAUCUUCACUUCUGCCCACACCGCAUUCACGUAGCAUGGCGCUCAUGCGCGUUCUAUUCUUCUUUCAUUUUAAUGACGCCCCACUGACUGGCUGCGUGCCGUGUCCCUUUCAGCACAAAUUCUUCGACUCCGGCGACUACAACAUGGCGAGGGCGAAGACCGCGCGCCAGAAGUGCACGUCCGUCGACGAGAGCAAGGCGACCGAGGCGGAGCAGGAGGAGAUGCUGCAGGAGUCGACCGGCGUCACCAUAGCAACGCCCGAAAGCGUGCCUGCUGUGCGCAAGAAGUCGAUGGCUGAGGCCUUGCGCUCGCCCCGUGGAAGCAUCGUUGCCACCGCCGCCGCCACCGCUUCCACCACCACCACCACCGCUGAGCCCCAACACUCUACGGAGCACUAG